GGUGCAGUCGGUACUUCGCUCUUGCACAAUUGGCUCUUUGCUUCAUUUUGUCAUCUCUUCGCCGGUGUAACACGGCUCACAUUUUUAGCUUUUUAUCAGUCAUACGGUGUUUAGGAAAUGAGUGGUGACCAUUCCCACAACGACAGCCAGGUUGAUUCUGGCUCUCGGGUGAACGACUCUCACAAGCAUAAAGACAAGUAUAGAGACAAGGAGCACAAACACAAGGACCACAAGAAGGAGAAGGAACGGGAGAAAACAAAACAUGCCACCGGUGACCACAGAAACACCUCUGACAAAAAACAGAGGGAUAGAGAGAAGGAAAAGAUGAAGCACAAAGAUGGGAGCACAAACAAAUACAAGGAUAAGCACAAGGAAAAGAGGAAGGAUGACAAGAUAAAGUCCCUAGAUAAAGUAAAGAAGGAACAAGAGAACGGUUUUGCCAGCCCUCCACGUCUCAAGUCUGAGCCAGAAGAUGAAUUUUACUACUCUCCUAAACAUGAGAAGUCACUCAAAAGAGAACGUGAUGAUGAUGAUGUCGAGUUCAAGCCUAAGAAAAUAAAGACUGAAAAUGAAAAGAAGACCAAAAAAAGGAAAAAAGAUGAUGACGAUGAGGUCAUUAAGCCCAAAAAAACAAAAAGCAAAAAAGUUACUGAUGGAAAAAAGAAAGUAAAAAAAGAAGAAGAAAAAUGGAAAUGGUGGGAAGAGGAGAGGUACACAGAUGGUGUCAAAUGGAAGUUUCUGGAACAUAAAGGACCAGUGUUUGCACCACCCUAUGAGCCCCUUCCUAGCAAUGUCAAGUUCUACUAUGAUGGUAAGCACAUGAAGCUAAGCCCAGAAGCUCAGGAGGUGGCUACAUUCUUUGCCAAAAUGCUGGACCAUGAAUACACCACAAAGGAUAUUUUCCGAAAAAACUUUUUUAAAGAUUGGAGGAAGGAAAUGACUGCAGAGGAAAAGGCAAAGAUCACAGACUUGAAGAAGUGUGACUUCACUGAGAUGAGCCAGUACUUCAAAGCACAGUCUGAAGCCAGAAAAGCCAUGUCAAAGGAACAAAAACAGAAAAUAAAGGAGGAGAAUGAACGCAUCCUGCAGGAGUAUGGCUACUGCAUGAUGGAUAACCACAAGGAAAGAAUUGCUAACUUUCGCAUUGAGCCUCCAGGUCUCUUCAGGGGUCGUGGCGACCAUCCCAAGAUGGGUAUGCUAAAACGCAGACUCAGGCCUGAAGACAUCAUUAUCAACUGCAGCAAGGACUCAAAGACUCCUGUGCCUCCUCCUGGUACCAAGUGGAAGGAGGUUCGGCAUGACAACAAGGUGACUUGGCUUGUGUCCUGGACGGAGAACAUUCAAGGCUCUAUCAAAUACAUUAUGCUCAACCCCAGCUCUAGGAUCAAGGGAGAGAAGGACUGGCAGAAGUAUGAAACUGCCCGUAGACUGAAAAAGUGUGUGGACCGUAUCAGGAACCAGUACCGUGAGGACUGGAAGUCCAAGGAGAUGAGGAUCAGACAGCGGGCUGUGGCUUUGUACUUCAUUGACAAGUUGGCUUUGAGAGCAGGUAAUGAGAAAGAGGAAGGAGAGACUGCGGACACAGUGGGCUGCUGCUCUUUGAGAGUGGAACACAUCAAACUCUAUCCAGAGAGUGAGGGUCAGGAGUACGUGGUGGAGUUUGAUUUCCUGGGUAAAGACUCAAUCCGCUAUUACAACAAAGUCCCUGUGGAGAAAAGGGUGUUCAAGAACCUACAGUUGUUCAUGGAGAACAAGGAGUCUGAAGACGACCUGUUUGAUCGCCUCAAUACCUCCAUUCUCAAUAAGCACCUACAGGAGCUGAUGGACGGUUUGACAGCCAAAGUUUUCCGUACCUACAACGCCUCGAUCACCCUGCAGCAGCAGCUGAAGGAGCUCACAAAUGUGGAUGAGAAUGUUCCAGCCAAGAUCCUGUCUUACAACAGAGCCAACAGGGCUGUGGCUAUCCUGUGUAACCAUCAGAGGGCUCCACCUAAGACAUUUGAGAAAUCUAUGCAGAACCUGCAGACAAAGAUCAACGCUAAAAGAGAUCAGCUCUCUGAUGCCAGGCGAGAACUGAAGAGUGCCAAGGCUGACGCUAAAGUACGGAAAGAUGAAAAAUCCAAGAAGGCUGUGGAGAUGAAGAAGAAGGCGGUUCAGAGGGUAGAGGAACAGCUGAUGAAGCUGGAGGUGCAGGCCACUGACCGGGAAGAGAACAAGCAGAUUGCUCUCGGCACCUCCAAGCUCAAUUAUCUGGACCCACGCAUUUCUGUGGCUUGGUGUAAGAAAUGGGGAAUUCCUGUUGAGAAAAUCUACAACAAAACCCAGCGUGAAAAGUUUGCCUGGGCCAUUGACAUGGCAGAUGAUGACUUCGAGUUUUAAGUUCAAGAGCCUGUUUUUAACUAUAAUACACUCAUUUUUAAUUUUUAAAUUGGAUACUUUUUUGUUUUUUAGCUUAACUGAAUUUUACUCUAUGGCCAGACCUGACAGUGGAUUUCAGGAAGUUUGAGCAGGAGAGAAAAAAACAAGGAAAUGGAAGCUGGAGCUGUUACAAAGUGGCAGGAGAGUAUUGUAGGCCGUCCAAACUUCUGAUCUGAGAUCAGGCACCAUGGCAGUACUAGACCCACAACUGAGCAUCAGGGCAAUGGGGGAUUUGUGAACCUGACGAUGCCUGACCUUUGAACUCUGUGGUCCUAUAGCUACUGUAAUCAGAAAAAUGCUUUUAUCUUUUGUUCGCUCUGUAUUUUAGCUCUCCCAUGUAUUAAUGAAUCCUAUAUUUUGAUACAGUUGAAUCAAUGAAUUCCUUAAAUACACCCACACGCCUUUCAAACAAAUGUGAGCUCAGCUCUCUGUGUGUGUGUGUGUGUGUGUGUGUGUGUGUGUGUGUGUGUGUGUGAGAGAGAGAGAGAGAAUAUUUUAAACUGGAUUGUGUUGACCUGUGUAGCGUGGAAGAUGUCGGGGCGAGCAUGUGGGAAUACACUGCAACAAUGUCAAUAUUUACUUAAGCAAGCAGAAUGUGAAUAUUUUGUUUUACAACCUCUGUCAGGGACUUUUUUUUUCCAGUGUAAAUGUGAGCCAAUCAUUUUUAUCCUGUGCUUUGCAAACACCCUCUGCUGUCUUUGCAUCGCCCUUUUCUACAUCUGAUUUUAACUUAACAGUUGUUCCAAGAAAGAAGAAAAAAAUCCCUCUCAUACCUGGUACUUGAAGAAAAUGUUAAGAUGUAUUUAAGUAAAAAAAAAAAAAGUUUUCAUCCCACAAGGGUAUUUUCGAGGGAUUUAAACUUUGCCAAAAAAAAAAAAAAAAAAUUGCAAUUGGCUACCUGUUACAAUUUAGGCAUUUUUAAUUGUGUAAAGAUUGGGCGUAAUGUAACAUUUAAUGUGAAUUAUCAAUUCAUUUUAUUCCACUCUGAAAGGAAAGAUGUAAGUAGCUGUAAAGUCAUCUUAUUCCUGUUUUAUCCUUUUGUCAUAGCAUUGGUCAUUCUGAAUUUUAUGCUCGUAGGUUGAAAAAUGAAUAAAUCCCUACAAAUACA